AUGGAAGAUUUAUUACGGGAAUCAAAUCUAUUCUUAGACGAACAGGGAGAAAGUACAUCAUUCUUAGCAGACAAGGAGGAGACAAAAUCACAACUUUUACAACAAGAACUAGAAGCAGAAGCUCUUUGUACUUCAAUGAAACAAAACAAUUUGACACAAGGACAUGCUGAAACUUCCAACAGCCCAAUAGGGAUGGAACUUUAUACUGAUGCUUUAGUAGGGGUUCAGACCAUUGAACUAAAAAUAACUGGAACGCUACGUUCAGUAAACUGCGCAUGCAAAUUUUGAAGCCAAAAUUUGACUCCCAUGAAGCCAGUUUUGACUCCCAGACACGCACUUCCACGCGUGUUUCUACUGCGCGAUUUACUCGCGAGACAAUGAAGGGGGUGAUCGAAGCAUGCCGUUUUGAACGUUUUCAUGGGAAGAUGCGAAUCGAAAGGGAAAUGGGGCUUUUAUUUUAAAACGGGCCUUUUAAAGCCUGUGUACGACCUUGUAUAAAUUAGCUUCAAACUUCCGCUUGAACGUAGCGUUCCAGUUAUUUUUAGUUCAAUGGUUCAGACCAAACUAACUGAACUAUGUACAAAAACACAAACUGGAGUGACACCUCUCAAAUUGAUAGGUUUGGACCCACCAUCAUGGGAUGGUCAAAAGGCAAAUUUCUACAUGUGGAAAGAUAUGUUUACCCACACUAUGUCUCAAGCUCGAAUGAGUGAUGAUCAAGUUCAAAUAACAUGGCUUCUGAAGAGGGGAACCAUGCCACUAGAGUAUCAAACCGUAAUUCAAGAUUGUAAAUCCAUGAAAAGUGCCUGGGAGCGAUUAGAGAAACAAAUUCCAGCUUCAACGGUCCAUCACGAAAUUAUUCAAAAUUUUAAGCAGACUCCAUCAUUACCACCGAGCUCCCCAAGGAAUGCUUCUAGCAUGAGACAGUUAGCAAAUGCAAUUUCUCUUUUUGUUCGAAGGAUGGACGAUUUGGGAUUAAAACAAGAUGCCAUGUCCACCAUUUGCUUUGAACCGGCUUGUAAUCGAUUGGAUCAGGAAACUGUUCUACGUUAUGCCACGUAG